AUGUCCCGCGCGCCGCUCGCGCGGCGCGGAGGCGUGAACCGCUGGGCACCGGCAUCGGCAUCGGCGUCAUCCCCGCCCAGGCCGCCCGGCCGGCAUCCCGCCAGGCGGCCGAUCCAAUCCCAUCCCCGGGCGCCCGCGAUGGAUUGCUCCAAUGCGAUCGAGGAGGCGGGCAAUGGCUCGGCGGGGAGCGCCGUGGCCGCCGGGCAGAUAGCAUCCUCCGGCAAGGCGGAGGCUGAGGAAGUUGAGGGGGGGGAUGGGAUGAGGGACCAGGUCGCGGAUCUGGCCCGCCAGGUGGCCGAGCUGAAGGGCUUGGUGGCCGCCCAGGCCGCCGCGCUGGAGGCGCAGAGGAUGGAGGUGGGGCGGCUGCGCGCGGCGGCGGCGGCUGGGGAGGGGGAGGAGGGGGAGGGCGGCGAUGGUGCCGGGGCGAGGAGCCCGCUGCAGGCGCAGGCGGUGGCCAUGGCCGACCGGAGGUUCGGGGGGCGGUUCGACGCGCGGUUCCACUCGCUGAGCAGGGGUGCUAUACCUGAGGACUUCCGCGUGCUUCCAAAACGGAUCAUUUUAGUGAGGCAUGCCCAGUCUGAAGGUAACGUCAACAAGCAGAUAUACAGCCAUGUCCCAGAUCGCAACCUUGGCUUGACAGAGGGAGGUUGGGAGCAGGCGAUCGAGGCUGGAAAGAAAUUGCGGCGGGUAUUUGAACGGGAUGGAGAUGCGAAUAACUUCAAAUUGUUCUUCUUUAUUUCUCCAUACAGGAGGUCAUACGAGACCUACGAGGGAAUCAGGUUUCCCAAUGGCGAGUCGGGGGCAGAUGUGUACGACAGGAUUACCAUCUUUGAGGAUCACUUGAUAAGAGACAUAAAUGCAGGGCGGUGGUCUCAGGACAACACCAACCUCGUCUUGGUGACCCAUGGGCUGUCCUUGAGGAUCAUUUUGAUGCGCUGGUUCCAUUGGACAGUGGAUCAGUUCCUGACAGUGUACAAUCCGCCCAAUGCCGUGCCGGUGGUGCUGGAAAGGAUCGGGCCCAACUCCAUAGCCCCGACAUGGAUGCACACAAAGAUGCUGUACCGCAUGUCUCCACACUCAUUGGAAACCAUGAAGGGGUGCACUGAAGACAUGGUGAAACACACUGUGUCGUCCGAGUCAUGCAUUCUUUAG